AUGGCGUUAGACAAGAUUGCAUCAAAUCUGUCCAAGGUCUCGGGAUCUGCUUCUCUCGACAGUCCGCGGCAGGUUUUGGGCUCUUUCAACUACUACAAUGGCUCUGGCAUCCCCGCUCUCAACGACCUCACCAUCAUCGAAGGAACAUCGCCGGACAACAAGACAUACCAGUUGCCCGUGACAGACCUGCGCUCCCUCCCCACCCCCCUAUCCAGCUACACGCACGAGAAGCAUGGGUUCCAGAUUGUGCGUCAACCCCUCCCCAUCUCCCCUUCGCCGGCCGCGGUCCACGACCACAGGGUGAUGACGAAGGAGUACUACCCCUCCAUGACGGCCCUGCUGAAGAAGACCCUCGGCGCGCGCUGCGCCGUCGUGCGCAAGCACUCCCUGCGCGACAUACCGGACUGGGCGCCCGUGGGCAUGAACCCGGAAAUCGGGUUCGAGAUCGAGUCCCUGGCCCCCUUCAGCAUCGCGCACUCGGACUACACGCCGGCGGGGGCGCGCGGGCACUUCCGCGCGAUGAAGGAGCCCGACUGGUUCGUCGAGAACGACGUGACGGACGGGUCGACGACGGCGGCGGAGCGCGACGAGUUCUUCCGGCUGCGACGGGCGAUCAUCGACGCCGAAGACCGCGCCGUCGCCGAAGCCGGCAUCGGGCCGGAGGUGGUGCGGGGCCAGCGGGCGCAGCCGAGGGGCGGCCACUGGGACUGGGACGGCGCCAACUACAAGGGUCCGCGGUAUGCCUUCUUCAGCAUCUGGCGCGCGUGGGAGACGGUCCGUCGGGACCCGUUGGCCGUCAUGGACAUGAGCCGCCCCGUGUCCCGGAAGGUCGAGUACGCCCCCCUGACGCGGACGUACCGGGACCGCCCGGGGUGUGUGCCGUUUUACUACAGCCAGAACGCGCUGAUCCGACCCCUGGGAUGGAGGAGGAGGAGGAGAGACUCCGGGUUCGAGGCAGGGGCCCAUGGGGACGACGACGACGACGACGACGCGACAGGGGACGGCGAGCCCGCGUGGUGUUACCUCAGCGAGCAGACGCCCGAGGAGGUCUACUUUCUCAAGUUCUACGACAGCGAGGCCCUGGUGCGCAGGGGCAAGGGGCAGGACGACGUUCAGUUGCUGUGUCGAGGGGGCGGAGACGGCGCCGACUCGGAGGAGCUGUGA